GCUAUGAGUUUGAGGCCAGCUUGGGCUACACAGAGCAGCUUUAGUCAGGGAUGAGACAGGCUGAGGCAGACGGCCGGUGAUGUCACAAGGGUGGUGUGGAUGGAAGAUUCCAGAAGGUUGACUGAGUAGAAGAUCUAUUGAGGAGGGAAACCAUCCACCUUCCCGCCUUCCAUCACCAUCACUCAGGCCCUACCCAGAGGGUGACCAGGGCCUGGAGGGGACGGAGUACACUCAGACUUCUAGAAGAGUCACGGUCAGUCAUCUUUGCAGAAGGAACCUGCCCAGGAGGCCAAAUGUCUCUGCUGCCUUGUGAAGACAGGGCCCAGAACUGCGAAGUAUGAUCGCUGAGAACCUAGAAGCGCUGAAACCCCAAUGUCUCAGGAAAAGAGAGCUAGAAGCCAUGAAGUAAACAUGAGUGAAACUGAAGGCCCCAGGCUGUGGACCACCCACCGGGACGGAGAGGUCAUCCUCAGGCUGUCCAAGCGCCAGCCGGGCCACGAGCCCCCGCUGACCAUCCCGCAGCUUUUCCAAGAAUCAGUCAAUCGAUUUGGCGCCUACCCCGCGCUCGCGUGGAAGAGCAGCCGGAAGUGGCAGACACUGACCUUCACGCAGUACUACGAAGCCUGCAGGAGGGCCGGCAGAGCACUGAUCAAGCUGGGCUUGCAGCGUUUCCAUGGCGUUGGCAUCCUGGGCUUCAACUCCAAGGAGUGGCUUAUUGCGGCUCUGGGGGCCAUCUUGGCAGGGGGCCUCUGCGUCGGCAUUUAUGCCACCAGCUCUGCUGACGCCUGUCAGUACGUCAUCACUCAUGCCAAGGUGAACGUCUUGGUAGUUGAAAAUGAUGAACAGCUACGGAAAAUCCUUUCGAUUCCGCAGAGCAGCCUGGAGACCCUGAAAGCGAUCAUCUUGUACAAACCCGCGCCGAAGCUCGCCAACAACCUGUACUCUUGGGAUGAUUUCAUGGAGCUUGGCAACAGUGUUCCUGAUGCUCAGCUGGAUCAGAUCAUCAAGAGCCAGAAGGCGAACCAGUGUGCAGUGCUCGUCUACACUUCGGGGACCACGGGCGACCCCACGGCUGUGAUGCUGAGUCAUGACAAUAUCACGUGGACGUCCGGCGCAGUGGUGCAGGACCUAGGACUCCCCAUUGCCCCGGGGAAGCAGGAGCGGGUGCUCAGCUACCUGCCGCUCAGCCACAUCGCCACACAGAUGAUGGACGUCUGGGUCCCUCUGAAGAUCGGGUCCCUUACGCACUUUGCACACCCGGAUGCACUCAAGGGCACCUUGAUCAGUACUCUGAAGGAGGUAAAGCCAACCACCUUCCUCGGGGUGCCCCGAAUCUGGGAGAAGCUCCAGGAGAACAUAAAGGGAAGCGUUAGCCAUUUCUCAGGCUUGAAGAAGAAGAUGUUCAUUUGGGCCAAAUCGACUGGUUUAAAUGUGCACACGAAUCAGAUGUUGGGGAAAACCACCGUUCCCAUGAACUACCGCAUGGCUAAUAAAUUCGUGUUCAGCAAAAUCAGGAGCUCCCUGGGCCUCGAUCACUGCCACUCCUUUCUGAGCGGGGCCGCGCCCCUCUCCCAGGACACCUUGGAGUUCUUCCUGAGCUUGGACAUCCCUAUCUGUGAGAGCUACGGCCUGAGUGAGAGCUCAGGGCCCCACAGCGUCUUCAGGUGCAAGGACUACCGGGCCCUCAGCUGCGGCAAGCCACUGACUGGCUGCAAGAGCAUGCUGCUGCAGGAGAAUCAGGAGAGCAUCGGGGAGGUGUGCAUGUGGGGCCGGCACAUCUUCAUGGGCUACCUGGAGGAGGAAGAGGCCACCAUGGAGGUGAUGGAUGAGGAGGGCUGGCUGCACACCGGGGACCUGGGCUUUGUGGACAGCCAGGGUUACCUCUACAUCACCGGCCGCAUCAAAGAGCUUCUCAUCACUGCCGGCGGGGAAAAUGUGGUCCCUUUUCCCAUUGAGUCCCUGGUGAAGCAGAAGAUCCCCAUUAUCAGCAAUGCGGUGCUGGUGGGCGACAAGGCCAUAUUCCUGAGCAUGCUCCUGACACUGAAGUGCGAGACCAAUCAGAGGAGCGGGGAGCCCCUGGACAAGCUGAGCGGGCAGGCCAUCGAAUUCUGCCGGGCCCUGGGCAGCCAGGCAUCCACUGUGUCGGAGAUCGUGAACUCAAAAGACCCGCUUGUCUACGCUGCCAUCCAGCAAGGCAUUGACGCGGUGAACCAGGAGGCCACCUCCAGUGCCCAGAGGAUCCGCAAGUGGAUCAUCCUGGGGAAAGACUUCUCCAUCCACGGCGGGGAGCUAGGCCCAACAACAAAAAUGAGAAGGUUUUUCAUAACUCAGAAAUACAAGUCGCAGAUCGAAAGUUUCUACCUCUGAUGGCUUCUACAGAGCUGCUCCCUGUGGAAAGCCCCAUGGAAGCAGGCGGGGUGCACCGCUCUGGGGAGGAGCUCCUCCGGGAUAGUGAGAAGCCGGAUCUGACUCUCCAGGCCAGUUUGUUUGUCGGAAGCUGCCCCACUUGUGAAAGCAGUGAGCUCGCGGGAAGCCUUUCCAAGAACCUUGGAGGCGGGGUGCCUGUAGGGGGCGCCCGCUGGGCAGUCUGCAGAGAGCCGUCCGCGUUAGACAGCUGUGGGCUCCACUUGGAGGUUCAGUUUUUCUCCAUGGAAGACUUGACGCAUUAGAAACAGUCCUCACAAGCUGAAGAACUGGACCCCAAAACUUUCUUACCUGCAUGAAAACAAGUUGGGAACCCUUUCAAUGACUUCUGACAAUAAGGC